UUCCUCGUCUCAUUGUCGAAUCAUCCUACUAGCGACCUACAUCUUAUACAAUGUCUUUUCCCAACGAUGGAGUGUAUACUAUCAGAAACACUGGCAGAGACCUCAUGCUCGAUCUAACGGGCAACAACCCCGCUGAAGGCAACCAGAUCCAAGGCUUCGCCAGAAAUGGCACCGUAGCUCAACAGUGGGUGAUCAAGAGACAAAACGAGCCAGGGUCCGCCAACAAGACUGUCAGUAUUCAGUCCAACAACGAAGGCAACAAUGGUAAUGGAUGCUUUGCUGCUGCGAGCGAGGAUUCGGAAGAACCUGUCGUUUAUACCAGGCAGGCGUUUCUCGUUGAUCUUGUUGGAUGCGGGGACAAUAAUUUUACUAUGUGCUUCACUCUCGGGAAAAAGAACCUGGUACUAUCCAUUCCAAGCGCAAAGAACAGUGCAGUGAAACUCGAGAAUUGCACGGCAGGAAGUUCCCGCCAGCACUGGGAAUUCAUCCGGGUUUCUGGUCUCCAACCAAUUGGCAACUAGGCACCACCUUGCAGAGGUGCUCAAGGUUGAGCUAUUGAAAGUGUUCCCGCAUACAUGUACUACGUCUUGUUGUGUCUGCCUCCGUUGUGU